AUGCUCACCGAAGCGCCACUCUCCACUAUGGCGCCUAUACUGACAAAGCGGCAAGCCGAAGAACUACACAAAGCAAUGGUCGGUUAUCUAUCGUCAAUCAACGCUUCGAAAAGUAUUGAUGCCCUCCGAGAAGAGCUCGGAAUAAGUGAAUCUUUCACCGAAUCCUCGGUCAAGAAAUACGAAGGACUUCUGGAGAGAAAGUGGACCAGUAAUGCUCGCUUGCAGAGAAAAAUAAUGGACCUAGAAUCCCAGCUAAUAACUCUCCAAUCCCAACUCCCCCAUCCAAAAUCAGCCUCCAAACGCGACCCAAAAACCUGGCUCCCAGGCACAGCAACAUACACCCUCCAAUCCCACCGCAGCGCAAUAAACGACAUUGCCAUCCACCCAGUCCACUCGAUCCUCGCCUCCGCCUCCGACGACAGCAGCAUCAAAAUCUGGGACUACGAGCACGGCGAACUCGAAAAAACACUCCGCGGACACCUACGCAGUACCAACGGCGUCGAUUUCGGCGGAACGCGUGACAAAACGGUUCUCGCAUCCUGUUCCAGUGAUUUAACAAUCAAGAUCUGGGACCCGGCGAACGGAUAUGCGAAUGUGCGCACGUUAACGGGACAUGAGCAUUCCGUCUCCAGUGUACGGUUUCUACAGGAGGGAGGGAAUUUACUCGUUUCUGUGAGUCGAGACGAGAGUAUUAGGAUCUGGAAUGUUGAAUCUGGAUUCUGCGUUAAGGUUACACAUGCCGGCGACUGGGUUUAUGCUGUUAGUCCUUCGGUUGACGGGAAGUGGCUUGUUUCUGGGGGGAGGGAUAGGGUUGCUACGAUUUCGGAUGUUGGGUCUGGUGGUGUGAGGGCUGCUUUGGAUGGCCAUGAGAAUUAUGUCGAGUGUUGUGUUUUUGCACCGGUGGCUAGUUAUGGAUAUUUGGCCAAGAUGGCGGGAACGAAGAGGCCGGAGGGAUUGGGGGAGUUUGUGGCUACGGGAUCGAGGGAUAAGAGUAUUAGGCUGUGGGAUUCGAGGGGUGGGUUGAUUAAGACGUUGGAUGGACAUGAGAACUGGGUUCGUGGGCUUGCGUUUCAUCCGGCUGGGAGGUAUUUGCUUAGCGUUGGGGAUGAUGGGACUAUGCGGUGUUGGGAUUUGGAGCAGGAAGGGAGGUUGGUUAGGACAACGGAAGGGCAUGGUGGGUUUGUGAGUUGUAUUCGAUGGGCGCCGAGUGCUGUGGAAGCUGAUGCUUUGGGGACGGUGAAUGGCGUAGGGAAGGGUAUUCGAUGUGCCGUUGCGACUGGGUGCACGGAUUCGCGGGUGCGAGUGUUUCGAUAG